AUGUCCCAGAAGCGCAAACACGAAGAUCUCCGCAUGCUGGACUUGGUGAUUGCAACCAGGGAGAACACGGCGAAGUUGGGCUAUUUUGUUGAUGACACCGUGGUGAAUCCUGGCUUGGGCAUCCCCUACUACAAGACUGUGAUUGAAGGCGCCAACUACGCGGAAGCGGAUUGGAAGGACCAGGCCUGUGUUCGCACCUCCCAAAUUCACUGGCGAGACGAUCACAGCGUCAGCUGGUUGGAGCGCCACCUGGAGAUGACUCAAGGCUUCAUCGUCAUCGGAAAAAAUCCAGGUCUCUUCGUCCUCGGCGAACCCACCCAGGACCGCGAGGAUUUGGAUGAGAAGCAUCGCGGCCUACCAGACCCCAGUCGGGUGAAGGCCUACAUCAUCCCAGCCGGCAUGGGGCUCAUCUUGAAGAAAGGCACGUGGCAUGACUUCCCAGUGUCCUGUGGUCCUCCCGUUUCUGCGUUCAUUAUCAACACAGAGGAAGUGGUCGAAGCCUUAGCGACGAUGCCGCAAGCGGCCCCAAUGAACCAUGGAGAUUGCUACAAGUUGCGGCUGUCCGAACAGUGGGACUUCACCCUGAAGUUUCCUGAUCCACGGCCCUUCAUUCAGAAGCAUGGUCUCGCACCGACGCCUUUCCCUGUACCACUCAUGGGCAAGGAAGGCUAUGGCGCCAGCAUGCAGCGACAGGAAGUCCAACCUGAAGAAGAAGAGAACGGAGAAGAAGACGAGAACGGAGAAGAAGAAGAAGAGAACGGAGAAGAAGACGAGAACGGAGAAGGGGACGAGAACGGAGAAGGGGACGAGAACGGAGAAGAAGAAGAAGAAGAAGAAGAAGAAGAAGAGAACGGAGAAGAAGACGAGAACGGAGAAGAAGAAGAAGAGACCGGAGAAGAAGACGAGAACGGAGAAGAAGAAGAAGAGAACGGAGAAGAAGACGAGCUGGACGAUCUGCAGGAGAGUCUGGGCACCAGGCCCAGCACAUGGCUCAGUCCCGGCUUCUCAGUGACAGAGCGUACACCGGAGAUUGCCUGCCAGUCUGGCAUCCAGGUCUUGCUCGAUUUUGUGGAUGAUGAGGUGCCAUUUCAUUUGGCACAUGAGGAGAAGGGGCGGACCCUUUGCCUGCCCUAUUCCAUGGAGACCAAUGACUUCUCCUUGGUCCUCACCAAGCAGUUUGAUGCACGUCAGUAUGCUCAAACCAUUGAAGACCACAUCACCCAGUUGGCCAAAGAAGACGGGGAGAAAGUGGUUUGUUUGGGUAUGCAUACCUUUGUGGCAGGUACUCCCGCCCGAGUCUCUGCUCUUUCGGAGGUGCUUGGACGCCUUCGCGAGUUACCAGAAGUUGCCUUUGCCACCGAGCUGGUGAGGGAGCUGGUGCGCCUUGGUGCCAACACCCAGGCAAGGGGGGUUGAACUGGACAACUACAUCUUGGAGCAUGAGGAUGAUGAUGAGUCCGUAGACCUGUCGGAUUCCGAUUCCGAUCUCUCCGAAUGCGACAGUUUCCAGUAG